AUGUCUGCACUCCGAAGGAAAUUUGGGGACGAUUACCAGGUAGUGACCACCUCGUCCAGCGGUUCGGGCUUGCAGCCCCAGGGGCCGGGCCAGGGCCCGCAGCAGCAGCUGGUGCCCAAGAAGAAGCGGCAGCGAUUCGUGGACAAGAACGGCCGGUGCAAUGUACAGCACGGCAACCUGGGCAGCGAGACGAGCCGCUACCUCUCGGACCUCUUCACCACCCUGGUGGACCUCAAGUGGCGCUGGAACCUCUUCAUCUUCAUCCUCACCUACACCGUGGCCUGGCUCUUCAUGGCGUCCAUGUGGUGGGUGAUCGCCUACACGCGGGGCGACCUAAACAAAGCUCACGUCGGCAACUACACGCCCUGCGUGGCCAAUGUCUACAACUUCCCCUCCGCCUUCCUCUUCUUCAUCGAGACCGAGGCCACCAUCGGCUAUGGCUACCGCUACAUCACCGACAAGUGCCCCGAGGGCAUCAUCCUCUUCCUCUUCCAGUCCAUCCUCGGCUCCAUCGUGGACGCUUUCCUCAUCGGCUGCAUGUUCAUCAAGAUGUCCCAGCCCAAGAAGCGCGCGGAGACCCUCAUGUUCAGCGAGCACGCGGUGAUUUCCAUGAGGGACGGCAAACUCACGCUCAUGUUCCGGGUGGGCAACCUGCGCAACAGCCACAUGGUCUCCGCGCAGAUCCGCUGCAAGCUGCUCAAGUCUCGGCAGACACCUGAGGGUGAGUUCCUUCCCCUUGAUCAACUUGAACUGGAUGUAGGUUUUAGUACAGGGGCAGAUCAACUUUUUCUUGUUUCCCCCCUCACGAUUUGCCACGUGAUCGAUGCCAAAAGCCCCUUUUAUGACCUAUCCCAGCGAAGCAUGCAAACUGAACAGUUCGAGAUUGUCGUCAUCCUAGAAGGCAUUGUGGAAACAACUGGGAUGACUUGUCAAGCUCGAACAUCAUACACCGAAGAUGAAGUUCUUUGGGGUCAUCGUUUCUUUCCUGUAAUUUCCUUAGAAGAAGGGUUCUUUAAAGUUGAUUACUCCCAGUUCCACGCAACAUUUGAAGUCCCCACCACACCUUACAGUGUGAAAGAACAGGAAGAAAUGCUUCUUAUGUCGUCCCCCUUAAUAGCACCAGCCAUAACUAACAGCAAAGAAAGACAUAAUUCUGUGGAUUGCUUAGAUGGCCUAGAUGACAUUAGUACAAAACUUCCAUCUAAGCUGCAGAAAAUGACUGGAAGAGAAGACUUUCCCAGGAAACUCUUGAGGAUGAGUUCUACAACCUCAGAAAAAGCCUACAGCUUGGGAGAUUUGCCCAUGAAACUUCAACGAAUAAGCUCAGUUCCUGGCAACUCAGAAGAAAAACUGGUAUCUAAAGCCACCAAGAUGUUGUCUGAUCCCAUGAGCCAGUCAGUGGCUGACCUGCCACCAAAGCUUCAAAGGAUGGCUGGGGGAGGAGCCAGGAUGGAGGGAAAUCUCCCAGCCAAAUUAAGAAAAAUGAACUCUGAUCGAUUCACAUAA